AGCGUUAAUUAAAUAACAGUAAAAAGGUGAUAUUUUAAUGUAGAAACAACGAGAAGUCUUUUUAUUCGGAAACGUCGCGUUUUCCAACGACAUAAGCUCGAUUAUGGGAGUUUCUGCGCUCGGAACGAUAGUACGGGGUCAUGCCUCCACGAUAGCGAUUUAUCACCAGUGCAUUUCUUAUUGUUUAUUUAUAACCGACUCAUUACCGCUUAAUGGAGAAGAGUUUUAUUCACGCGAGCCCGUCAACGAACUGUGCAAACACUCCAAGAGGAACAAAGUCGAAAAUGUUAUUAGAUCGAGUUCAACCAUGGAAAAUGAAGGAUCUCCUCCAGCCAUCACAAAUGAACCAGAAGGUAUACGAGGAUGGAUAGAAUCUGUGGUACUGACAGCGUCACAAACCUCUGUUGGGCAAACGUUGUUCAAACUUCUUGAUUCCUUCUUGUGGGUCGUUGAGAAAUCUGCACAAUGGAGUCUGCCAUCGCACGAAAUCGCUGCAGAGGAAAAUGGAAAGGUGUUUGGGAAGAUAGAACUGGUUCGACCUCUGCCAUGGGUUCUUUUUCUACCAGGUUUGGUGAUUCUGCGCAUCAUCAGGGUUAGCUUGAACGUUGGGGCCUUUGUUCUGGGAUACCCGAGGAUGCAACCGAGUGGAAUGGUGAAAUUCGUUCAGAAAGGUCGCAGACGACUGAGGGCCUUCAACCUGAAAGCAGUGAAGUCCGUAAGACGUUGCAACAAGGACAAGAGAGCGACGAUGAUCGAGGCUAAGAAGGCCCUGAUCAAAUCUAUCAGACUGACCCUGUCGACCUUGUCUUGUUUGGACGCUAAACCGUCUCGGUCACCUCCUCCGGCUAAAAUUCGUGUAGGCAACAUGGAACUUGAGACGUUGGCCACCCCAGACGAAAAAUCCACCACAGAGUCUGUGGGAAGUCCCACAUUGUCGAAGAUCAAAAGGAAGUUCUCCCAGGUGAGUUCCGACGAGGAGGGCUCUGAUGAAUUAGAUAACGAACCCCUGCAAGCGAGACUCGACAGACUGGCGUUGGAAGACAGCACGGAUGAUCCAGAUUUCAAUCCAGCGGAAUGCAGCACAGAAUCAAGUGCAGCAAGCAGCGAGGCCGAAGCGGAAAAUGAAGUGUGUCCAAGCGAAUUGUUAGAAAUCCAAGAAGAAGUUAACGAGUUGAUGAACACCAGCGAAGAGAAGGCUGUCCUAAGGUCUCUUGAACAUCUGGAAACAAAUUCAACGCAAGCCGAGGAGGCGACGCCGGAUCCAAAACAAGUGGACAGUUCGGAAUCCAAAGUGGAAACAGUGAGCAACAUAGCAACGGAUUUCAUCAAUGGAGAAAUAAAUUCUACGACCGAUACUGCAUCGACAGUGAAAGUAACAGCUCUUCCAGAACCAACCCCGGUACCGGAAGUGGCUGAAAAAUAUGCCCCGAAGAAGCAACCUCAAACAUCCGCAGCCUCUCAAUCUCAAAAUCUGAUCGCAAAAGAGAAUUCUUCCACGAUGCCAGACAGAAAGAGUAACCGAUACAGGAAAUCGGGAAGAAAGGAUACAAAGUAGAACAUCGACGCAAGAUGGCUGCCGAAAGUUGGAACCCAAAAUGGCUCCCUUGAACGCGUCGACUUGAUUCACUUUUACGAAACGAUUUUGUUCCUUUUACUUAGGAAAAAUAUCGGUAAAAUUAAAGAAAGCAUAUUCAUCGAUCCUUUUUUAAACGAGGAAAAAUAGUUUCGUAAGUUCGCGAUGCAGUGACGAAAUAUUACGCCUUUCUUUUUCAUUGCGAUAAGAAACCGAGGAACGUUUUGAGACGGUUAAUUAACAAUAUUUUUACGAAUCGUUGCUAUUCAAUAGCUUUGUGUGAGUGAGCAUAUGUGAGUGUGUGCAAUAUAAUUAUCUUUUUUUUUUGUAAAAGAAAUAUGGUUAUUUAUUCGCCUUUCGUUAGCGAUCGGUAUAUACUUGUUUAGUCCUCUAAGGUUCGAUGUUAAUCUGUAAUCAUUUUCUUUCUGAGACUUCUUUUAACUUUACGAAUAUUUCGCUUGUACAAAUAAUGUUAAUAAAUCUUUUCAUAAGAAGA